GCCCGGGUCUGGGCUGCUGAGGUUUGGGCGGGCGCCGGCAGGGAGGAGCCGCGGGCCCGGCCAGCCUGGCCCCGGCCCGGUGCUGGCACUGGCUCUGGCGCUCACACACGCACAAACGCUCCGCACUGGCGGCCGCGGCUCCCACGGGCUCCCACCCCCGCCCCCAGACUCACAGGUCCUGCCUCCGAGCUCCAGGCUGGCUCCGUGGGGGACAGUGGCAUGAGGGCGGCACCGUCCACUCACCUCCUGGCCUUCCUCCUCCUCGGCCUCCUGCCCACGGUGUGCGCCCAGCUGUGCUCCGGCCCCUGCGCCUGCCCCGGGCCCGCGCCCCGAUGCCCCCCGGGGGUGCCCCUGGUGCUGGACGGCUGCGGCUGCUGCCGGGUGUGCGCGCGCCGGCUGGGGGAGCCCUGCGACCCGCUCCACGUCUGCGACCCCGGCCAGGGCCUGGUGUGCCGGCGCGGGGCCGGCCCGGGGGCGCCGGGGGCCGUGUGCCUCUGGCCGGACGAUGACGGCUGCGAGGUGAACGGCCGCCAGUACCAGGACGGGGAGACCUUCCGGCCCCACUGCGGGACCCUGUGUCGCUGCGAGGACGGAGGCGUGACCUGCGUGCCCCUGUGCAGUGAGGACGUGCGGCUGCCCAGCUGGGACUGCCCGCACCCCAGGCGGGUGGCCGUGCCCGGCAGGUGCUGCCCCGAGUGGGUGUGUGACCGGGGUCCGCAGCCCGGGGCGCAGCCCCUGUCGGCCCCAGGAGCCCUCCAGGCACCCCUGCCCGCCGGAGGGCCCUGCCCGGAGUGGAGCACCGCCUGGGGGCCCUGCUCCGUCACCUGCGGGGUGGGGCUGGCCACCCGCGUGACCAACCAGAACCGCUUCUGCCGCCUGGAGCCUCAGCGCCGCCUGUGCCUGGCCGGGCCCUGCCCGCUGCCCAGCGGCCUGCGCGCCCCCAACGCUGCCUCUUAGGGCCCGGCUGGCCCCUGCGCGGAGACGGACGCCCACCCCCGGAGAAGGCUCAGCCGCCCCUGGGCCCGGACACACGGGGGCGCCUGCCCUGUUCCUCCGACAGGCUGGAGGACGGGCCAUGCCCUCUAGAAUCUUCUCUUUGCCCCCGCUUCUCUCAUGACACCCUCCCCUGACCGCUGGGUCAGGAGAUGCUCAGAGUCGGCCUCCUCCCCUGGAGCCGUGUGAAAAUGUCUCUGAAGACGCGCUCACGCAAGACCUUGAGUCAGGCUAGUGACAUCUAAAAACGCUCCCACCACACACACCUCCACACGCAUGCGCACACACAUGCACUCACACAUAUGUGUGCACACACACACGUACACACAUGUGUGUGCACACACACUCACACACAUACAUAGAUGUGCACGCACAUGUGCUCGCACACAUGCACGCAUGCGGGCUCACCUCACACACAAAGGCACAUGCACA